AUGUCGCCAGCCAUAAAGAAGCAAACAGAGCCUAAUUUGGACAUUAGCUUCCAAGAUUAUCUAGUUUUGUCGAAGGUCGUCUUCGACUGGGCCGAUAGUUACGAUGCUAAGGACUGGGACCGUCUGCGUAGCAUUAUUGCUCCCACACUGACGGUUGACUACACCAAGAUUGGACUCCGAAGAUGGGACGAUAUGUCAGCAGACGAUUACAUGGCUAUGGUGACCCACCCCGGAUUCCUGGGAGAUCCCACCGUGAAGACACAGCAUCUGCUCGGCCAAACCUGGUGGGAGAAGAUAUCCGACACCGAGGUUAUCGGCCAUCACCAGCUCCGUGCCGCCCACCAAGUGUACACCGAUGCUGAUUUGAAGGAGGUCAAGCUCCGUGGCCACGGCCAUGCCACCAACGAGCACUACUACCGCAAGGUUGACGGAGUGUGGAAGUUUGCAGGCCUCAAGCCCAAUGUGAGAUGGAAUGAGCUGCGGUUCGACGAUGUAUUCAAGGGCCUGGAUUGA